AUGCAAGAAUCCAUAGAAAGUUCUAUGCCACCUGGAGAGGAAAGAAUCGAGCUUCUAGAGGCCCACGAUCUCGUUAUCUUUGAUGAGCCAAAGUCCAAUGGCGCGACUUCACAUGAGGUACGCGAUCAUUUCCAUGGCUGGGUGGCAGAACAACUACCAAAAGUGGUUGAUACGCCUAAAACACUACAGCGGAUUUUUGAAUCGUAUUCAGAGCAGAAAACUCUUUUUGUUGAUGAUAUCUGCCUAGAGUCUUUGGACUAUAUGGACUUUCCUGUUGUGAAGAUUAUGUAUAAGCAAUGGGGGGAUUUGAGCCCCGAGGAGAGAAACUAUAAGAUUGAUCCCGAGUGGCAUGAUGGGACAACGGAUGAGGAGGAGGAGGAUGUUGGCUGGAUGUACAUGUCUGUCGCGGACUACGUUUCAACAUAUGACCGGUUUGCGUGGACUCAUGAGGCUUUAUGGCAUGAUGAAUAUCUUCGGCCUCCUCAGAUGAUUGAGUAUUUCUCUGACGAGACGAUGCAACCGGGCUUCUGGCGAUAUUAA